AUGUCCACCAGAGACCUUCUCUGCCUUGCCCGGCUGGCAGGCACAAGUUGGUCUGCCGGCCGCAUGUAUGAUAAGCGAUAUUUCAAUACAACUGCAUUGAAUAAUGUGUCUAUGUCCACCGGACAUUUCUCAACGCCGUCAAUUAGAACAAACAUCCCGUUCGAUAAAUCUCAGUCUCUGAAAGAAACCUCCAGCACUACGAAGACGCUGACGUCUGCACAUGUUCAGGUUGGUACGGGGAACGUGGAUCGCCCCCCAGACGCAGGCUCCACUAUAGUACACUCGACUCAAAUUGAGACUCUAUCAAGUUUAUCUCCCUCCCCAGCUCAGCCAACCGACGUGAUAUUAAAAGCCACUGUGACUACUAAAGACGUCGACGAUGCUCUGGAUUCAGACACAGCCUUUUCAAGUGCGCAAGAAGUGAGAAAACUGGAGAUGACUCCUGCCAUACCGUCCACGUCAAGAGUUCGUAUAGACAAAGCUGCGGAAGCGGAAACUCCUCAAAACUCCUUUACAAUCUACUUCACCCAGCCACUAAAGCCAGUACAGUCUAAGCAAGAUGUUACCGGGACAGGUGAAUACACUUUGGCAGCUGCUACCGCAAAGCCACAUGCAUCAGCUGCACCAAAAAGCACCGUCGUAACUCCAAUUUCAACCGUCGAGCCCAACGUUCAAAGCGAGGGCUUAGAAGCAACAGCCCAUGAUACGUCUACUAGGAUGGACAGCACAGCUAAUGCAACUAUUCGUGGUUUACUCGUAGACACAUCAGGCACGGAAAAGUCAACUCGGCAUCCGUUCCAAAGACCCUCCCAAACCCCUAGUGCCGAACCUGACCAUCAGAGCAGCAAGGGUAACCAAGAGAACUCCAACCCGGGAACUUCUGCCGGCAUUGCCAUUGGCACUAUUUCUCUUGCAGCUUUGGCGGGAUUGGCCGGCUUUUGGGCAUUUUUGCGGUACAAAAGGCCCGGAAAUAGCUGUGAGAAUACUAGCAACGGGAAAUGGCUGGGAAGCCUAGUAGAGUCAUUAAGAGUUUUCUUCCACCAGAACGUAAAGAGCUCGUUCAAUCGUAACCGAGGCAUCAGCGAAGCCAAGAUAUCCGCCCCGUUCGCUCAGACAAACUCACUUAACUGGUGA